ACCAAACGCCUCUUCCUUUUGGUUGAAACUCUGGGUACGCCUCCUUCCUCUGGAAAUCGAACCAGUCUCUCAGUCCUUCAAGAAAUCGAAUCGAACCAGGUCCUCAGAGAAAUCGAACCAGUCCUUCAAGAAAUCAAAUCGAAUCGAACCAGUUCCUCCAACAGAAAUUGAAAUCGAAAUCUCCAUCCACCACCGAAUCGACCUUCUUCCUCACGUUGUCCAAACACCCACUGGAAACUCUUACUUCCAAUUACAAACCUUAGUGCGUGGAUCCGGACAUCCCUUUUCUCGGCCGAUUCCCCUCACUGCUCCAUCCUCCGGUGAUCCCGACUCUCGCCCCCCUCCGGCGACCCUUUGGCCAGCGAUUGGCAGCUUUCAGGGGUUUAUAAGGAUGGGAUUGAGUAAAACCGAAAUCAAUCUGAGGCGAUUGCUAGCAGCUGCUCCUCAGCAACAACAUCAAGCGAAACUUAUUCAUUAUGUUGGUACUCUCAGAGAGCAGUUGGAGCAACUCGCUGCAGAGCGAACUUCAGAAGGAUUACCAAGAGUUUCAAAAGCUACUUUGAGUGAUUACUCUGAGAAAAUUGAAGCAAUUGCUGCUAACUUGGCUUCCAAUGUGUUGAUUAGUGUAGAAUCUCCAGAGCUGCCCACUGCUGACACUUCUGUUAACCAAACGACUACAAAAACAGAAGAAGGAAGAGGGUUGAGAAGAAGAAUUGUCCCCCCAUCAACUGUUGAAGGCAGAGUCCCAAAAAGCGUUGAUGCAACUGAUUCAACUCCUAUAAAAUUGGAUGCCGCAGCACAGACACAUAUUUCAAAGCACAGGAAGCUCCAAGAAGACUUGACCGAUGAAAUGGUGGGGUUGGCACAACAACUGAAAGAGAGUACUCUCAUGAUGAAUCAAUCUAUUAAAAACACCGAAAAAAUUGUUGAUUCGACAGAGCAAGCGGUGGAGCAGAGCUUAGCAAGCACGGGGCGAGCGAAUACGCAGGCAAUGGCUAUAUAUUCAGAGACAUCCAAGACUUCAUGUUUCACAUGGCUUGUGAUGCUUCUAAUGACAUGUAUCUUCAUUAUGGUGGUUCUUCUUAUCAAAGUCACUUAAAUCUAGACUUCAAAUAUUAAUUAAUAUUUGUUGCCUUAAUUACAGAAGGAACUCGAAUGUUAAUAUUUGUGUGGUUUUCAUGUUAAUACCU